AUGGCAAUGCACCUUGAUAGCUACUUGGGAUCGUUGUCUCUCAUCUUCUUUUUUGCUUGGUUUCUGACUUCUCCAGCUGAAGCUGCUAUGAAGAAGUAUCAGUUUGAUAUAAAAGUCAAGAAUGUGAACAGGUUGUGCCAUGCAAAACCGAUUGUCACAGUGAAUGGAAGGUUUCCAGGACCAACCAUUUUUGUAAGAGAAGGAGAUCGAGCUCUUGUCAAUGUCACCAACCAUGCACAAUAUAACAUGUCUAGUCAUUGGCAUGGCUUGAAGCAAUUUCGCAAUGGUUGGGCUGAUGGACCGGCAUAUAUAACACAAUGCCCUAUCAAGACCGAACAUAGCUACACCUAUAAUUUUAAUGUCACAGGACAACGAGGAACACUAUGGUGGCACGCACAUAUUUUGUGGUUAAGAGCUACAAUCUAUGGUGCCAUUGUCAUUAUGCCAGAAGAAUGAAUCUCGUAUCCAGUCCCUCAACCUCAUCUAGAAACUAAAAUAAUCCUAGCAGAAUGGUGGAAUUCAGACGUUGAAACACUUGUAAACUAAGCCAAUAAGUUGGGGCUACCAGCACAAACCUCUGAUGCUCAUACCAUCAAUGGGAAACCAGGGCCACUAUUCCCAUGUUCUAACAAACAUACCUUUGCCAUGGAGGUUGAGGCAGGCAAAACUUACCUGUUAAGGAUUAUCAAUGCUGCACUCAAUGAUGAACUGUUUUUUGCAAUUGCUGGUUAUAACGUGACUGUGGUAGAAAUUGAUGCAAUCUACACCAAGCCCUUCACAACCAGGGUUAUCUUAAUUGCGCCAGGUCAAACAACUAAUGUACUAGUUAAAGUUGACCAACCUCCAAGCUAAUACUUCAUGGCUGUCAGGCCUUUCAUGGAUGGAUCAGUUCCUGUGGAUAACAAAAUUGUUACAGCUAUUCUACAAUACAAAGGCAUCCCAAACACAGUUCUACCCUCUAUGCCCAACUUGCCUGCACCAAACAACACCAAGGUCGCCUUGAACUAUAACAAUAAACUUAAAAGCCUAAAUACCCCACAAUUUCCAGCAAAAGUCUCGCUUAAAGUGGCGCAUCUUUUUUACACAAUUGGUUUUGGUGCAAACCCAUGUUCCACUUGUCAAAAUGGUACACAACUCACAGCUUCAAUGAACAACAUAACCUUUGUGAUGCCAAAGAUUGGACUUCUGCAGGCUCAUUACUUCAAUAUCAAAGAAGUGUUCAGAACUAACUUCCCUGACCGUCCUCCGGUCCAAUUUAACUACACUGGUGCACCACUUACCGCGAACCGGGGCACUUCAUUAGGAACAGGGCUAAGUAAAGUGGCUUUCAAUUCCACCAUUGAGCUGGUAUUACAGGACACAAAUCUUCUCACAGUAGAGUCACACCCAUUUCACCUUCACGGCUUUAAUAUUUUUAUCGUUGGAAGUGGUGUUGGAAACUUUAAUCUUUCCAAAGACCCUGCUAAGUUCAACCUUGUGGAUCCUCUGGAGAGAAAUACAGUUAGAGUACCAACUGGAGGAUGGACAGCUAUUAGAUUCAAAGCCGAUAAUCCAGGCGUUUGGUUUAUGCACUGUCACCUGGAGCUGCAUACUAUGUGGGGUUUAAAGAUGGCCUUUGUCGUUGAGAACGGGAAGUCAUCGGAAGAGUCUAUUAUACCACCACCAAAGGACCUUGCACCUUACUAA